AUGUUGAACUUCUCCAGCUUUGUGCAAAAGGCACAGCAGCUGCUCGACCCGACGCAGGGCCUGAACCUGACAAACUCGGACAAGAACCCCUCCAAGGCCUCCCUCUUCCAGAACCAGUUCCGCCUCCCUUCAUCCCAGCACCCCCUUUACGAGAUCACCGCCGAGCUCACCAUCCCGCCUUCCAAUGCCACCCAGGGUGACAAGGACAGAGAUCGCGGCUAUCACUAUGCCGGCAAGCUACAUCUAUCCGAGGCCUACAUGUGCUUCUCUACCACCCCCAGCAGCUUCCUAGCCUCUGCCAGCACCUCGACAUCGUCGGCCUUCACGGGCCAGACACACGGCGGCGGUCCCAGCGGCAAUGGGUUCACUUUCCCACUCUCCUCUAUCAGGAGGGUUGAACGCCUUCACACCCAGAACUUCCAGUUCUCAUUAGCCAUCACAACGUGGAACGGCAUUGCGCAGGACAGUGGCAAAGAUAAGAACAAAGAUGCCAGCAAGGACCAAAAGCCGACGCGAGAACAACGGAUAACGAUAGAGCUGGCCGGCACCCGGCCAGCGUGCGAGAGGUUUUGCGACGGUCUGAAGAAGGGACUGCGAGCCGGUGUCGGCAACGUCGCGAAGCUCAAGGCCGUCACCGCCGAAUGCUACUCCGAAUAUCUCCUCCGCCCAGAAGACCAAAAAAACAACGCGAAUCCCCCCGACGCGGGGCUCGGCAUGGUUUUUAGGUAUCCUGGCGACCCCAAGAAGCUGAGGGACAGGGCCAAGAUGCGCCUCUGGGCCGAGUACCUCCGCGACAACGGCCGAAACGUCACCCUCUUACGCCAGCCCACUUUCCACAAACUGAUCAGAGUCGGCCUGCCCAACCGGCUGAGGGGCGAGAUCUGGGAACUGACAUCGGGCUCUCUAUACCUCCGCCUCGAAACCCCCACGUUGUACGCCGACACUCUGGCCAAGUUUGAGGGCCAGGAAUCGCUUGCUAUCGACGAGAUCGAGAAGGACCUGAACCGCAGUCUUCCCGAGUAUCCGGGUUUCCAGAGUGAGGAAGGAAUCGGCCGGCUCCGAAGAGUCCUCACUGCUUACAGCUGGGUCAAUGCCGAGGUCGGCUACUGCCAGGCCAUGAACAUCGUCGUCGCGGCUCUCCUCAUCUACAUGUCCGAGGCGCAGGCAUUCUUCUUGUUGUCUGCGCUCUGUGACCGUCUUGUGCCUGGAUACUACUCUACAACCAUGUACGGCACCCUCCUCGACCAAAAGGUAUUCGAAUCUCUGGUCGAGAAGACGAUGCCUGUCCUGUGGGAGCACCUCGUCAAGAGCGACGUCCAGCUGUCUGUCGUGUCUCUGCCGUGGUUCCUGUCACUUUACAUCAACUCCAUGCCCCUAGUCUUCGCUUUCAGGGUCCUGGAUGUCUUCUUCGUUGAGGGUCCCAAAGUCCUCUUCCAGGUCGGCCUAGCCAUCUUAAGGAUAAACGGCGAGGAGCUUUUGGACGCGACAGAUGACGGCGCCUUCAUCUCGGUGCUCAAGUCAUAUUUCUCUCGUCUGGACGAGUCGGCGCACCCGAAAUCUGAGAAUCCCAAACUGAGGGCAGUCACCAGGUUUCAAGAGCUUAUGGUGGUUGCUUUCAAGGAGUUCUCCGGCAUAACCCACAGCAGCAUCACCGAGCUGCGACUCAAGAACAAGGACGCUGUUCUGAACAACAUUGAGAACUUUGCCAAACGGACUGCUAUUCGCAACCUUGGUCCAGACAGCAAAGUGCUGAGCACAGAGGAGCUCGGUGGGCUCUAUGACAGGUUUUAUGGCGUCUUGUACGAGAGGCAGCAACGGGAUCUGAUCCUCCAGGAAGAGCAAGCCCGGAGAGUCAAAGCUGGGCGGCCGAGACUGCCUGGCAUGAAUGAAGACCACCACCAUGGCAUAGAGAAGGGCCGAGUGGGACUUGGACCGAGUACAAAUCUUAUGGACUAUGAUGCUUUCCGAGAAUUCCUCGCAGGGAUGUCUAAAUGGGCCAUCUCGGAUGCACCAACGACUCCCCGGCGGGAUGCAUUUUCCGAGAAGGAAAAGAACGGGUGGGGGAGCUUUAGGAGGCCAGACAUCCCCAUGUCGAUCUGGGGGAACGGCCCCGAGCCUGCGGAGCACGAGUUCUUGCAGCGCAUGUUCCGCCACUGGGAUGUGGACUCUACCGGGGCAUUGACGUUGCAAAAUGUCGUGACCGGCAUGGCCAGAAUCAAGGGCAAGAGAGACAUCAUGGGAACGAUCACGUAUUUCUUCGAGCUCUACGACGACGACGGGGAUGGCAGAGUGGACAGAGAGGGCAUAUUGCGCAUGUCUGAAGCUCUGCUGUUCCUGUCUCGGCGGGGACUCGAGGGCACGCUCAGCCCUUCUGCGUCCAACACAGCUCUCAAUGGAUACACCGAGCAAACCGUUCACGAUGGACAAGGGUCGAUGCCUGGAGGAUCUGUUAACGAAAGGUUCCUGGGGAGCGUUAGUGCCUUCAUCAGGAGGUGUUUCGAGUACGCCGACCCUGACCACCCCAAGAACCAGGAGAAGGAGGCUCUCGCGAAGCAGAUGGGAGACCUGACAACGGACUCGGAACUGGCCGACCCCGGCUCGUUUGCGAUCGGCGAUGAUGACGAAGACGACCUGCUCGCCUUGGAGUCACCGACCGGAGAGCCCAGCAAGGCGCAGAAGCCGGCGGCUCAGAGGGCGAGCGACGCCGAAUCAACCAAGUCGGGCGACACCACCACCGGCCGCAAGGCGUCGGAGGCAGCCAACGCCGCUCUCGACCCGUCGAACCCGCUCCACAUCACGCUGCCGACCUUCCGCAUGGUAGUGCUGGCCGACGAGCUCCUGGAGCAGUUCUUCGAGUCCUCGUUCCCCACCUCCUUCCACGUCAUCGAGGGCCUGCCCACCUCGGGCCCGGCGACGACGGGCGGCUCGGCGCUCACCACCUUCUCGAGCCUCGGCAUCAGCGCCGGCCGCGCCGCCUCGGCCGCCAUCAGCCCCAUCGGCGGCGGACAGCCCGGCGGCGGUGGUCCCUCGGCGGCCGGCAUCGCGGGCGCGACGAGGGGCCUGCGCGGCGUGCUGGACAACAUCGUCACGGACGGCAUGCGCGUGGCGGCCGAGGUGCGCAAGCGCAUGGAGGAGGCGCAGCGCGAGCUCGAGAAGAACGCGCUGCCGGGCCAGCGCCCGGCCUCCGCGACUGCGGGCGAUGACGACGAGGACGACGAGGACGAGGACGGGGACGGCCCCGGCAGGGAGGGCGCGGGCGGGAAGCUCGGGGUCGCGGGCGGGGCGCUGUCGUCGGACAGGGACCUGCUCGAGGGGGCGGACGCGGGGGCCACGGUGGAGGAUAGGGAAUCCGCGGGGAGCGGCGGUGGUGCCAGUGGUGUGCCCAGGAUAGGGAAGGCGAGGGGGGACGAGGGGCUGCCUACGGAGAGGAUUGUUGAGUUUGAGGGGUGA